ACCACCAAGGUUCUCUCGGCCUUCCCGGCCCGAAACGGCGGAAGGGUGCCCGCGAAGAGCGACAUGUUGGGCAUUCUUGAGGAUGCUUGUUUGCGGAGCUUUUCCGAGGAACAGAACAUUUCAUCCUUUGCAGGGGCAGGCCUUUGGCCGGUGGACGGGGAGCGGGCGAUGGGUCGACCUCAAGGUGUAGGGAAGAGGAAGGAACGAUCAGGUGCCCGCCCGCCCGUCGAGGACAUCACAGUGGCGAUUUCCGACAAGGAUCUUGCCGACAACCUCGGCCCACGAACGGUUCGCGAGCUGCAGCAAAAGGGCCAGUGCGUCAAGUGCAUCCUUAUCAACACGGUCAUGCUCGAAGCCUUCGUCAAGGCGAAAAAGAAGCAGAAGAAGCUCGCCAUCACCCGCAAGUCGCAAGGUCUCCCGGAAGGAGGGUUUAUCACGUGCGAUGACGUCAUGCAACAAUACCUCGAGGACGAACGCCAGAAGGUGGAGGUCGAGGAAGCUCUGAAAGAAAAAAGCAUGGCACGGGAGAUCAAGAGGGCAGCGAAGGAGGAAGAGAGAGGGCGCCGGGCUGUUGUUGGUCGUGGGCGUGUAGUUGGCCGACGGCGGGCGGUAGAGGGGCGGUGGGUGGGCGGGGGCAAGGGCGGGGGCGAAGAGAAGGAAGGGGCGGGCGUGGGAGGGGCGGCGGGCGGGGUGGCGUUCGUGAUCAAGUGGGGGAGGGGGUUGUGGCGAAUGCCACUGGGCGGGGUGCUGGUCGUGGUCGAGUGGUCGGAGGGGUAGUGGGGAAUGCCGGCGUAUCCAGGUCAGGGCGAACGCUGACGCCGGCACGCGUAGUCGACGUGUAGGUUUUUCUGUACCGAUCCGAACUCAACCUAGUUUGAUUCCAAAUCGGUUGAAACCGCCCUUGGAAUUGGCAAGGAGUCGGCAAUCAAGUGGUUGGAGUUUUUUUUGGAGCGUCGAGCAGUUCUGCGAUUGUACGAGGCCACGCUGUACCGUUCUAGCGGUUUGAAUCAGUUUCUGACUGGAAAACACGGGGAUGUGACCACUCUGUCCCCGGUUGGGGACUCCUCCCCCCCGUUUGUAUUCACUUGCUCCUUGUUUUAGUGUCGAGGUCUGUGUCAAACGGCGAAUCAUGGGGUGAAAGCGAAGUAGAGAAAAACAGGAGAUGCAGCGUCGUGCAUAUCGGGACUGGGGGUUGCCGUAGACGGACGCGAACACCGGUAAAUGCAUCCGCUUCUUA